AUGGCCUUGGUUGCACUCACUCUAUGGUCCUACGACAUCCUCCUCACGAUCGCCGACGAGCUCGAACUCCUGUGGUCGAGAAACGGCGCACUCGUCAAGACCUUGUACCUCAUCUGUCGCUAUCUGCCCAUCGUCGGGGCAUCCAUCUUUGGAGCGGCCUUGCUUCCUACAUGGCAACGUCCUUAUACUCAGAAUGAAUGCCAAAUUACUUGGACAAUUCUCGACAUAUGCAUGCUCAUCCAGUAUAUUGUCUCUCCUACCAUUUUCAUCCUGCGCCUCUGCGCAAUCUACUGCAUGUCACCGCGUGUACGACAGUUGCUCCUUCUAUGUUUGGGAAUCCACAUUGUUGCGAGUAUCAUCGUUUAUACUAGCUUCCAGAUCACUGUCAACCCGCUCAUGAGAUGGAACAUUCUCGCUCGCGUCUGUGUUCUCCCUCAUUUCAAGCAAUGGUCCACCGUGGGCUUGUACAUUGUCCCUCUCUUCAUCGAAGUUGUCAUCCUCGUCGCGGUCAUCGCACACGCACUCGGCUUUGGACGUAGCCUCAGGACGUUGAAUCGCUCCGCCACUGGAGGCAUCCUUCAAACCCUCUACGUCGAUGGCAUGAUCUACUACUUGGGCAUCAUUUGCAUCCACGUCGCAGAGGUCAUCACUUUCUACGUCGCACCACUCGGAUUGCAAGUUUUACUCACCUAUUUCGAGUAUCUCCUCUGCAGCACGCUCACCUCGCGCUUCUUCCUCCACUUUCGCCGCAAGGUUCUCCAAUCCCAGGCGGGAUCUCACAGAACUGGGUUUAUCACCAGCGAAAUGGAAGUGGCUGGCGGUGGCGAGACGACGGGAAAAGCCGGGAGAUGGACGCUCGCCAAUGCCUUUCGACGGCAUGCUCCUGAACACACAGAAGAGAUGCAAAACUCGUACCAAAUGACUGCCACCUCGUCUGCGUCAGGAGGCGCUGGUCCUAUUAGGACUCGCAUGACUGAACAGCCAAUCGCGUUUACCAUACAUGAGCGCUCGACGGAGACCAUGAGCCCGAGGUGUACCCUGAGGACCCGGAUCCCACUCGUUCACAGAGGCGGGCUGUUUCUCUUGCACCGUCGGUGCCCUCGAUGA